CCCGCUACUGAAGGACAACAGAAAAAGAUUUGCAAAACGGAAGUGGACUGCUGAUUAAUGAUAAGCAUUGUCAGAAUAAGGCGGGAGGUGAAUUUUGUCGUGCCUCUCCCCCUGUCAACGGAUGAUUACAAUGAUGCAUUCGUCAUUUGUUUCCACUUUUUUCGUAUUUAUAAAUUUUUACUGGGUUAGAGGAGAUUUAAGCAUAACCUUGUUACACACAAACGACAUCCACAGCAGAAUUGAGGAGACCGAUCAGUUUGGUUCCAAGUGUCAAGUUUCCGACCGGUUUAGAGCCAAGUGUUAUGGCGGGAUCGCAAGACUGUCUACGGCAAUCAAAACGAUUCGGAAAGAUGUUAAAAAUGUGAUUUUAUUGGAUGGAGGUGAUCAACAAACAGGCACAUUGUGGUAUGACGUGUAUCAAGGCAAUGCAACUGUUCACUUCAUAAACAAACUGAGAUAUGAUGCAAUGGUACUGGGGAAUCACGACUUUGACGGCGGGGUUGAUCACGUUGUAAGCUACUUGAGGAAGACAAACACGUCUGUUAUUUUAUCAAAUGUUGAUGUCAGUGGUGAACCUUCUUGGCCAAAGAAUAAUCUCUUCUAUCAAAGCCUUAUUCUUACUGUUGGUGGUGAAAAAGUUGGAUUAUGUGGCUACUUGUUAAAAAACACUCCAAGAGUUUCGAAAUCCGGACAAAAUAUCAAGUUUAACGAUGAAGUAACUUCCACCAGAAAUUGUGUAACAAAACUUGUAAAACUUGGAGUAAAUAAAAUAGUUGCUCUUGGGCACUCCGGGAUCCAAAUGGAUAAGCAAAUUGCAGAAGAAGUUGACAAUGUUGACGUUGUUGUUGGUGGACACACUAAUACCUUCUUGUAUACAGGCCCCCCUCCAUCCAAUGAUGUGCCUGCUGGACCAUAUCCAAUUGUGGUAACAAAAAGAAAUGGCAAGAAAUGCUUGGUGGUACAAGCUUUUGCGUACACUAAAUACCUUGGUCGUCUCAAUGUCACUUUUGACUCCGUUGGUGACGUAAAAAGGUGGACUGGGAAUCCAGUUUUGUUGGACCAAAAAAUAGUUCCUGAUGCAGAUGUGCUUUCGGACAUAGCAAGGAUGAAAAGUCUAGUUGAUAAAGUUGGCAAGGUAAAGAUCGGACAAAGUUUGGUUUUUCUUGAUGGAAAGAGAAGAUCCUGUCGGAUUGGCGAAUGUAUUCUAGGGAAUCUUGUUACAGAUGCCGCUAUUUUUGAUGUUGCAUCAAGGACCAAGCUGGAAAAAUCAUGGACAGGAGCAGCUAUUGCAUUGUGGACAGCCAAUAGUAUAAUGGCAUCGAUUGAGGUUAAUAAAACAGGAUAUAUCAUGUAUGAGGAUAUUCUCAACGCAUUUCCGUACAAUAAUAAAAUUGAUAUAGUUGAUUUGAGUGGAGCAGUUUUACACGAGGUUCUUGAGAAAUCAGCUUUAUUUUACAACGAGAAAAGCCCAAGUGGCUUCUUUCUUCAGGUUUCUGGGCUCCGAGUUACCAUGGAUACAAAUAAGAAUGCCAACAACAGAGUUAUUGAUGUCGACGUCCGCUGCGCCGAUUGCCCGAUACCAGUCUACACCAAACUAAAUAAAACUAAAAUUUACAAGGUUAUCAUCUCGUCAUACAUGGCCUCUGGUGCUGCUGGCUACGAAAUUCUCCGGACCAAGAGACUGGGUCACACUCCAGGUGCUACUAGAGAAACAGAGGCAAUCGUGCAAUAUAUAAAGCUACGCACACCCCUUGUUUUUGAGACUGGAAACAGGCUUAUACUUGAGCACUCCUCUGUCAUUAAGAGCUCAGGGUGUAUUUUUAUCGUAGAUUAUCUUUCGAUUUACAUUCCUUUCGCCUUAGUUGUUUUUCAGAUUGUUUUAAGGGUACGAUCUUGAGGAUUUAUAGGUAUCAUUGGUUUUAGGCCCUGUUGCACGGUCAGAUUUUAUAAUCAGUUUUCAUCAGAUAUCAAUUGCAUUGCAUAUUCUUGCUUGCAAUCUCUUUCUCAUUUCUGUGCAUAUCUGAAGCGAAAGGUGCAGUUAUUACCAAAAAAAUCUUUCUCUUUUUGGCAUUAUUAAUGUUUGAUGAAUAUCUAGCGAAAAUAGACCGAGUAAGAGGGCAUUCAUUACUGAACCCAAGAUUGAACCUAAUUCUAAAAAAAUCUUGAAUUCUCUUGGAACAGUUGAUUUUUCAUAAUUAUCAACCAGCUAGUUGUCUUCUUCAAGGGACAGGGAUCAUAUGGACUUUAGUAAUGUGUCUGCAAUUUCUGAGAUAUAUAUAAUGAGGUACUGAUUCUGAUACCCUGGGUGCCAGAGCUUUAUGAAUCCGGGGAUAAAGUAUUAUAGACGGCUGCGGUGGCAAAGAAAGGGUACUCAAAAUGGUUUUUCUGAGACGAAAUAAUGGAGACUCUGGCACUUAUUGAUAUGAUGUGUAUUUGUAUAUAUUUCAGAAGUAAUUUAAUGCUAAGGUUGAUUUUGAUCAUUAUCACGAUAAAAUGACGCAAAUAAUGGAAACUCAAGAAUUAUAUACCAAUGUAUAAAAUAAUGAAUUCAUACUUUUGACUUUAUGGUUAAAUCAAAUAAGGAUGUUCAAGAAGUUGCAUUUUUCGUUUUUUUUCUAUUCUAGAUUUCGUUUUUCUAUGUAAAAGGUUUUUUGUUCUCAGACUAUAGUUAACAAUCUUUGCAACUCAACAACUAAAGAGAUGGCUGUUUAAGAGCUAAACGGAAAAUUCUUUGCUCUUGCAUUGCCGCGACAAUUUUAAAAGAGUGUUUUCCGUUAGUGGCAAUGCACUGUUAUCGAUGCAUUACAUUUGCAUUACAAGUAUCUUUGCAUUUUUGACUGAGCAAACUUGAUACAAAAUUAGUGCAGAAAAAAUUCAGUAGUCUCUUAAGAUAACAGGAGUUUUAGCGUUGACGAAGUUGAAGACUUGUUUGGUGAUUUGCUCAUUGACAAGCAAAUACCCAGCAUUGACAAAAGACUGACUCGAGUUAACUGGGUGUAACUCUAUGCAUUUGGAAAGACACAGCAAGGGCCACCGAGAACGAGGCCAAGUCCCAUGGCAACCAAUGCAGGUAGGAGUUUGCCUGACAAUGAAUGUAAAGUAGAUUCCAAAAUAUGAAAUUAAGCAGAUUCCGAAUUGCGAACUAGCCCCCCCCCCUAAAAAAAUUAAGGAUAACAUCCGCUUUGAUGCUAAUGUAUCGAAGACAUCACUGUAAAAUGGAGAAAAAUCUAUCAAUUAUAUGCAACCAGUGUUGAAUUAAAAGGUUCCUUUGAAAUCAAAGAUUACUUUUUUGAAAUCAGUAUUUGACCCGAAAACAAUUGGAUUGUAGACCAAUCUGAAACCUCCGGGGUUUUUUAAACUUUGAAGAGAUUUUUUGCACAAAACAGCAAGUUCUGAGGGUCUAAUUCAAAGAUAUCUCAAAGAUAUCUUAUAAAACAAGCAAUAUUAUAUCCUUAUUAUAUCAGUAGAAAAGCCAGAAAUAUUUUUAAAUAACAGACGUUUAGGCUUUUAUACUUAAGCAUUUUUACAUGCAAGCAUCUAAUUGUUUUGAUGAAGGUUAUUUUUGUUGCAAGCUAUUUUUUAAAAUUACGAUUAUUGCUGUUACGUAAUUUAUUUCUAAAUUUCUAAACAAUUUUUUCAGGAAAGAUGUUGCUUAAUGUUGUAAGGAAAGUAUUUAAAAAAACUAUACAAUGCUCUAAAUAAUAUAUAAUUUUUACAAGAGGUGUUAUGGAAUUUGGACUUAACGUAUUCAAAAUUUAGUUUAAUCUCGGUUGUGUUGCGAAAUGGACGCGUCAUUAAAUUUGAUAUACUUUUGACAGCGCUUUUGUAUGUUGUAACAUGGCAUGUAGAUUAGACGCAGACAAGUGUAGGAAGAGCGUAAACAGCACGAUAGGAAAUACGGUCUUACCAGUGUAAGGAUAACAUAAAGAUUUCCGAAAAUAGAAGUUAUAUAUCUUUAUACCAUAUUUGCUAUAAAGUAGUCCACCGAGCCGGAUUUUUGAUACUGAACCAAGCUAAAGAAAAUAUGUGGAACAACUAGAAGACAUACCUCAAAAAUCCAAAAAGAAGGCUGUUUUUCAUUAACUUCAAUUUUAGACCCCUAGGAAUUGCUCUAGCCCUGAUAUUAUGUUGUUGCACAGCUGGUCGAAACUCGAAAGGCAACUUUCAAUGCAUUUUUCAAUGACAGAAGGUAUGUGACCCCUGAACCGUCAAUUGAUUUUCCUUUCCUGUUGGAAAUAUAUUAAAAGAGUAAUGAAAAUUACUCUUUACCGGUCUGUUAUAAAGUGUUUGAUAUCGUAAAGGGUGCAACCCCAAUUUCAGUGCUAAAUAUGAUCACCAAGCAACUGUUCUGAAGUGAAUUAUGCAAAAAUUUUGUUCCGUGUUUUCCAAAAAUGAUUCUUCUUUAGGGGAUGCUCAUUUGACACGAACAAUAU